UUUCCUUUUUUCCUUUUGUCCAUCCCUCCUUUUACUCCUUCACUCCUUCCUUUCCUUCCCUUUACUCAUUCCUUCCUUCCUUUCGUCCAUCCCUCCUUUUCCUCCUUCCUUCCUUCCUUCCUGCGCUGCCAUCUGCAUUUAGUCCUCCAUUUUGUGACCUUUUACGAAGUCCCUUCUUGGCGCUGGGGGCCAUAGAGAAGCCCCCAUGGAUCGCGUCAGCGACGCCGCCAAUGCCAGCGCUGCUUCCGGCGUCACUGCCAACGCCGCCAACGCCCCUCCAGGCUGCUACACUUACCAGGUAAGCCGCCACAGCGCUGACCUCCUCCACAGCCUCAACCAGCAGCGCAAAAACGGCGGCCGCUUCUGCGACGUCCUCCUCCGCGUUGGCGAGGAGAGCUUCCCCGCACACCGUGCUGUCCUGGCCGCCUGUAGCGAGUAUUUCGAAUCCGUGUUCAGCACACAAGGGAUCGACGAUGGCUGCAGAGACAGCGGUGGAGGGAACGGUGACGGCGCGGAAACCAGAAGCGCCGCCGAAACCGCGCCGGGCCUCGUGGGCCGCGAGUUAGAGAUGCACACCAUCAGCUCCAAGGUCUUCGGCGACAUCUUGGAUUUCGCGUACACGUCGCGCAUUGUCGUGCGCCUGGAGAGCUUCCCUGAAUUGAUGACGGCAGCCAAGUUUCUCCUCAUGCGCUCCGUGAUUGACAUCUGUCAAGAGGUCAUCAAGCAGUCCAACGUUCAGAUCCUGGUCCCACCGGCCGCGCGUCCGGACAUCAUGCUUUUCCGUCCCGGCACCGCUGACCUAGGCUUCCCUUUGGACAUGACGAACGGCGGCAGUUUGGCGCCGAACGGUAACGGGAUUGCAGGGAUGGCAGACGACGACGCCACCCGCGCCGCGCUGUCCGCCGUCGCGCAAUCAGGGCUCCCGGUCCUCCAAGGCGUUGACCGGCUUCCCAUGGUGGCGGGGCCUCUUUCGCCGCAGCUGUUGUCGUCACCAUUCCAAAACGCCGCCACGGCAUCGUCACUGGCGGGCAGCAAGCGUGGGCGCGGACGCCCCCGGAAGGCGAACAUUUUGGACUCCAUGAUGUUCAGCGCUCCUGGAGGUUUGCGCGAGGCGGGGAUCCUGCCAUGCGGAUUGUGCGGGAAGGUCUUCACCGACGCCAACCGCUUGCGCCAACACGAGGCACAACAUGGCGUCACCAGCCUGCAGCUGGGGUACCUUGACUUGCAGCCCCCGCUCGUGCCGCCGCGCCUGGGCGAAAACGGUGGUGUCGGCGUCGCCGGGAUGGAUGACACGGCGUCGGAGGCGCCACGUAAGAGGAGCCGUACACGGAAGCAAGUGGCGUGCGAGAUCUGCGGGAAGAUCUUCCGCGACGUCUACCACCUGAACCGGCACAAGCUGUCACACUCUGGCGAGAAGCCAUACUCGUGCCCCGUGUGCGGGCUGCGCUUCAAGCGCAAGGACCGCAUGUCGUACCACGUGCGCAGCCACGAUGGCUCCGUUGGGAAGCCCUACAUCUGCCAGAGCUGCGGGAAAGGCUUCUCCAGGCCUGACCAUCUCAACGGACACAUCAAGCAAGUCCAUACGUCUGAGCGGCCGCACAAAUGUCAGCAGGAAGUUGGGGACCAACCUGGAGUAAGCUCAGAGACACCCGAAUCCCUUCAAGAGACGUGCAAUGCAUCCUUCGCCACCCGCGACCGCCUGCGCUCGCACCUGGCAUGCCACGAAGACAAGGUCCCCUGCCAGGUCUGCGGGAAGUACCUGCGCGCGGCAUACAUGGCGGACCACCUCAAGAAGCACAGCGAGGGGCCUAGCAACUUCUGCACCAUCUGCAACAGAGGUUUCUCCUCUGCCUCCUACUUAAAGGUCCAUGUUAAAACCCACCACGAUGUUCCCCUUCCCCAGGUCUCCCGACUCCCGGAGCCCAUCCCGAAUGGGGGAGCAGCGUUCCACAGCGCCAGGACCUAUGGCAUCAAAGAAGGCCAGAAAUGCUCACAUUUGGACCAGAUUGAGAGUUCAGAUUCGUACGGCGACCUCUCCGAUGCAAGCGACCUCAAAACCCCCGAGAAGCAGAACGCCAACGGAUCCUUCCCCUGCGAAAUGGCCGCUGCCGCCGCCAGGAACAAAUCGGAGCCCGAGGCUGACAGGAAGUACCCCUGCCCCGAGUGCGGGAGCUUCUUCAGAUCCAAGUCCUAUCUCAACAAACACAUACAGAAAGUCCAUGUACGGUCGCUCGCGGCGGUGGCAGCAAAUCCAUUAGGGGACUUGGGUUCGGCGCUCGGUUCCCCCUUUUCCCCACAACAGAACAUGUCCCUUUUGGAGUCGUUCGGGUUUCAGAUCGUCCAAUCCGCCUUCGCCUCAUCCCUCGUCGACCCAGACGUCGACCAGCAGACGAUGGGAACUGACGGAAAAUGAGACCUGGCGGACAAAACAGGACCCGACGGAUAACGAGACCUGACGGAAAAUGAGACCAGUGGAUAAUGAGACGCGGAUAAUGAGGAACGAUAGAAAAAGACCCGUUGGAAAACGAGAUCUGGCGGAUGAGACCCGUUGGAUAAUGAGACCCUUUGGAAAAUGAGAUCCAAAUGGAAAAUGAGACCCCGUCGGAAAACCGAAAUGACUUUCUAAGGGAUUUUUCUGUAUCAAAAAAACACAUAUUCAGGGGAGAUAACAAAAAAAUUAAUCCACUUUUGUAGCGGGAAAAUUAAUUUGUUUUUAAUCCCUUUUUGUCGGCCCCGCUUUUUCCCUUUGAUUGACAGCCACCAGAAACGAGGCCGGUGGGCGGAGCUAGCGUCUUAGGAGGUCUUCGAUAAAAAAGAAAAAACGUGUUAAAAAAAUACGCGAACGAGAAUUUUAUUAUUAUUUUUUUAGGCAGUUGUUAUGAUUAUUAUUAUUGAAUUUCUCCCGAAAAACUCGUCUAUAUCCGCUUCAACGUUUUCGGAGAAACCCGCGCCUUUUCGCCGCCACCGUCAUCUCGUCCGUAUUAGUCGUAGGUUAGAGACCUUCCUUUUUUUAAAGAUGGCGGCAGGGACGCAGGAAAAAAAUUACGAAAACACUUCUACGUAAAUGUCCGAAUUCGCGCUUCUCGUUCGUAAUCCUCAAACUCUCUUAACGAUGAUUAUUAUUAAUUACAUUUAUGAUUUUAGGACCUUGUCGUAGUAGGGUUUGCUACUGAGAAGCCGUCUUUCGCGGCGGUGGCAGCGUUUGUACGGAAGAGCUCUGGCCAUGUUUAGGGUUUAGUAUUCUUUUUGAUUACGUUUUUUUUAGAUGUAUCAUAAUUAAUAACUCGGCUAGUUGAUUAAAUAAUAAUAAACCCGCGACAAAAAAUAGAUUCGUCGGCAUAAAAACUGCGCCGGAAAGAAAAAAAAAUCUCUUUUUUAAUUACUAUUUCUUCUUCUUCACAGUUUAAUUAUGUUUUAUUUCCUGGGCUUUCAAACGAGGAUAAAGAUUAAUUAAUUGGUUUGGACCGCAUUAAAGGAGUUAUUAGAGCGUUACUUUA